AUGGCGACAAUCAAGACUCCCAUCGCUCCGGUUCCGACCGCGAACGACUUUCUCGAUAUCGUGCUCUCCAAGACACAGCGCAAGACGCCCACUGUCGUGCAUCCAGGCUGGAAGAUCACACGUAUCCGCUCGUUCUACAUGCGCAAGGUUAUGUUCACUAAGGACGCUUUCGCAGAGAAGCUCGACGCCAUUCUCAAAGAGUUCCCCAUCAUGGACAACCUGCAUCCCUUUGUCUCAUCGCUUCUCAAUGUUCUCUACGACAAGAACCACUACAAGCUUGCGCUCGGUCAGCUCAACACCGCAAAGCACCUUAUCGAGCAGGUCGCCAAGGACUACAUCCGUCUCAUCAAGUUCGGCGACUCUCUCUACCGAUGCAAGCAGCUCAAGCGUGCAGCUCUCGGUCGCAUGGCCACCAUCAUGAAGCGUCAGAAGGACCCGCUCGCCUACCUGGAGCAGGUUCGUCAGCACAUGUCGCGUCUCCCGCCCAUCGACCCCAGCACCCGUACCCUCCUCAUCUGCGGGUAUCCCAACGUAGGCAAGUCGAGCUUCAUCAACAAAGUCACCCGAUCAGAUGUUGAUGUCAAGCCGUACGCUUUCACCACCAAGUCGCUCUUUGUCGGUCACAUGGACUACAAGUACCUCCGAUGGCAGGUCAUCGACACGCCAGGUAUUCUCGACCAUCCACUCGAAGAGAUGAACACCAUCGAGAUGCAGUCCAUCACCGCGCUCGCACAUCUCCGAGCCGCCGUGCUUUACUUUAUGGACCUGUCCGAGCAGUGCGGCUACACUGUCGAGGCUCAGGUACAGCUCUUCAACAGCAUCAAGCCGCUCUUCGCCAACAAGCCUUGCAUCCUUGCCAUCAACAAGACCGACGCAAAGAGGCUCGCCGAUCUCGAGCCUGAGCGCGCUGCUUUGGUCCAGAGCAUCGUCGACGAGUCUGAAGGCAAAGUCAAGCUCACAGAACUCAGCACAUAUACCGACGAGGGCGUCAUGGACACGAGAAAUCUCGCUUGCGAUGUCCUUCUCGCGUCUCGUGUCGAGACCAAGAUGAAGGGCAGCAAGAUCAACGCCGUUCUCAACCGUCUCCACGUCGCCCAGCCAAAGUCGCGCGACGACGUCCAGCGUGCAGCCUACAUCCCCGAGGCUAUCGCCAACGGCUCAAUCAAGAAGUACGACGCCAAGGACCCCGAGCGUCGCAAGACACUGCGUGACGAGCAGGAGGAACACGGUGGUGCCGGUGUCUUCAACAUCGACAUCAAGCGCGACUACAUGCUCGCCAACGACGAGUGGAAGUACGACCACAUUCCCGAGAUCUACGAAGGCAAGAACAUCGCCGACUUUGUCGACCCAGAUAUCCUCGACAAGCUCGAUGCACUUGAGCGCGAAGAGGAGAGGCUCGAAGCUGAGGGCUUCUACGGCGACAGCGGCGACGAGGAAUCCAUCGUCGACGAAGAGGAAGAGGCGAUCCGCACCGCAGCUGCCGCCAUCCGCGAGCGUCAGCAGAAGGCCAAGCUCGCCGCUCAGGAUCGCAGCAUGAUCAAGAACCAGGCGCGUGUGCCACGCAAGUUCCAGGAACGCACCCUGUCGCAGAUGGCCGAACGUAUGCGCGAGAUUGGGGUUGACCCAAGCAGCGUCACUGCCCGUGCUGAGAUGCUCGCCAAGGCCAAGGGUCUCAGUGGCAAGCGCAAGAGAUCUGGUGCCGAUGAUGACGAGGACGAGGAGAUGGACGAGGACGAGGACGCAGAGGAGGCUGCCUGGGAAGACGACGAGGAGAUGGACACCGAAGAAGCCGACACGAGCGCCUCGAGGAAAGCACGCAAGAGCAACGUGGGUGGGCGAUUGCUGUCGUCAACACAGGCGCCUGUCAACCGUUCCGGUGGCCACGUGAGUGCUCGUGCAGGACCGGCGCGUGUCUCGGCAUCCGAUCGACAGCUUGCCGGUCUCAAGAACUCGGAGCAGCUCGAAAAGGCGAGGAAGCUGCGCGAGUUGGCUUUGCGACCAGGCAACUGGCACGCCAAGGCGGGAGAGUCGGAUCGUGCCAUCAAGGAGAAGAAGCCCAAGUGGCUCUUUGCCGGCAAGCGUGGCAAGGGUACUUCGAGAUCGCGUUAA